GCGCGGCCGCUAAGAGGAGACCAAGAGGCGGGGGCUGCACUUGACAACCAGCAUGCCGAGAUGGCACGCUUUGUGCCCACCCCACCUCCAAAUCGGCUUAAUUACAAAUCAGAGGGCAGGCUUAGUGAACAAGACUGGCAAGCACAUUUCAAGGUCCCAUGUUAUGGGGUUGAUCCGUCUCAACUUGAGUCAGAAGAGGCAGAAGUGGAUGUGAGAGAAAGAGAGACACAGAGAGACAGAGAGCCAAAGAGGGCAAGAGACUUGACUUUAAGAGACUCGUGUACUGACAACUCCAUGCAGUUCGGAACCAGAACGACUACGGCUGAACCAGGGUUCAUGGGGACAUGGCAAAACGCUGAUACUAACCUCUUAUUCAGAAUGUCCCAACAGGUACCACUGGCAUGUGCUGGCAGAGUGCUGGGUGCAGACUUUUGCCCAAACCUGGAGGAGCCAGACCAGAGGCUGGAAGUCCAGGCCAUCCGUUGCACACUGGUAAACUGCACGUGUGAAUGUUUUCAGCCAGGGAAGAUUAACCUGAGGACUUGCGAUCAGUGUAAACAUGGCUGGGUGGCACAUGCCUUGGAUAAGCUCAGCACGCAGCACCUGUAUCACCCCACCCAAGUUGAGAUUGUGCAGUCGAAUGUGGUGUUCGACAUCAGCAGCCUGAUGCUCUACGGGACACAGGCUGUGCCUGUGCGGCUGAAGAUCCUGCUGGACCGGCUCUUCAGUGUCCUGAAGCAAGAGGAAGUGCUGCACAUACUGCAUGGCCUGGGCUGGACUCUGCGGGACUAUGUCCGAGGAUACAUCCUUCAGGAUGCUGCUGGCAAGGUUCUGGACCGCUGGGCCAUCAUGUCACGAGAAGAAGAAAUCAUAACCCUUCAGCAGUUUCUGCGGUUUGGAGAAACCAAAUCCAUUGUGGAGCUAAUGGCAAUUCAGGAGAAAGAAGGGCAGGCCGUAGCUGUACCAUCUUCAAAGACAGACUCAGAUAUAAGGACUUUCAUUGAGAGCAAUAAUCGCACCAGAAGUCCCAGUCUACUCGCUCACUUAGAGAACAGCAAUCCUUCAAGCAUACAUCACUUCGAAAACAUCCCCAACAGCCUUGCAUUUUUGCUUCCAUUCCAAUAUAUAAAUCCUGUCUCAGCCCCACUGCUAGGGUUGCCUCCAAAUGGGCUACUUUUAGAGCAACCAGGACUGAGGCUGCGAGAACCAAGCCUUUCAACACAGAAUGAAUAUAAUGAGAGCAGUGAAUCUGAAGUAUCUCCCACACCUUAUAAGAAUGAUCAGACACCCAACAGAAAUGCCCUGACUAGCAUUACUAAUGUGGAACCCAAAACAGAACCAGCUUGUGUCUCCCCCAUUCAGAAUUCUGCCCCUGUCAGUGAUCUAACCAAAACUGAACACCCAAAAAGCUCAUUCCGGAUUCACCGGAUGAGAAGGAUGGGGUCAGCCUCUAGGAAAGGAAGAGUGUUCUGUAAUGCAUGUGGGAAGACAUUCUAUGACAAGGGUACUCUCAAAAUUCAUUAUAAUGCGGUUCACCUGAAGAUCAAACACCGAUGCACCAUUGAAGGUUGCAAUAUGGUCUUCAGCUCCCUCCGAAGCCGUAAUCGACACAGUGCAAACCCUAACCCUCGUCUUCACAUGCCUAUGCUAAGAAACAACCGAGACAAAGAUUUAAUUCGGGCUACAUCAGGAGCUGCCACUCCUGUCAUAGCAAGUACAAAAUCAAAUCUCACACUUACAAGUCCUGGCCGGCCCCCAAUGGGUUUUACCACUCCCCCACUAGACCCUGUCUUACAGAAUCCUCUCCCUAGCCAGUUGGUAUUUCCUGGGCUAAAGACUGUACAACCAGUUCCUCCAUUUUAUAGAAGUUUACUCACUCCAGGGGAAAUGGUGAGCCCUCCAACUUCCCUCCCAACUAGUCCCAUCAUUCCAACCAGUGGUACCAUAGAGCAGCACCCCCCACCACCCUCUGAGCCAGUAGUGCCAGCAGUGAUGAUGGCAACCCAUGAGCCCAGUGUCGACCUGGCACCUAAGAAAAAGCCCAGGAAGUCAAGCAUGCCUGUAAAGAUUGAGAAGGAAAUUAUUGAUACCGCUGAUGAAUUUGAUGAUGAAGAUGAUGACCCCAAUGAUGGCGGAACUGUAGUAAAUGACAUGAGCCAUGACAAUCACUGCCACUCCCAAGAGGAGAUGAGCCCAGGCAUGUCUGUGAAGGACUUUUCUAAGCAUAACAGGACCCUGUGCAUUUCAAGGACUGAAAUAAGAAGGGCAGAUAGCAUGACCUCUGAGGACCAGGAGCCUGAGCGGGACUAUGAGAAUGAGUCUGAAUCUUCAGAGCCCAAGCUUGGUGAGGAAUCAAUGGAAGGGGAUGAGCACAUGCAUGGUGAGGUGAGCGAAAAGGUCCUGAUGAACAGCGAGAGGCCAGAUGAGAACCACAGUGAGCCCUCUCACCAGGAUGUUAUCAAGGUGAAGGAGGAAUUUACAGAUCCCACUUAUGACAUGUUUUACAUGAGCCAGUAUGGACUGUACAAUGGUGGGGGGGCCAGUAUGGCUGCCCUGCAUGAGAGUUUUGCAUCGUCUCUGAAUUAUGGCAGCCCUCAAAAAUUCUCCCCAGAAGGUGACCUGUGUUCUAGCCCAGACCCUAAAAUCUGCUACGUGUGCAAGAAGAGUUUCAAAAGCUCCUACAGUGUGAAGCUUCACUACCGGAAUGUUCACUUAAAAGAGAUGCACGUCUGCACAGUGGCGGGUUGCAAUGCUGCCUUCCCUUCUCGCCGAAGCAGAGACAGACACAGUGCCAACAUAAAUCUGCAUCGUAAACUGUUGACCAAAGAACUCGAUGACAUGGGCCUGGACUCAUCGCAGCCCUCCCUUAGCAAGGACCUCCGGGAUGAAUUUUUGGUGAAGAUCUAUGGGGCUCAGCACCCUCUGGGGCUCGAUGUCAGGGAAGAUGCCUCCUCUCCCGCAGGCACAGAAGACUCCCACCUGAAUGGGUAUGGAAGAGGCAUGGCAGAGGACUACAUGGUCCUUGACCUGAGCACCACCUCCAGCCUCCAGUCCAGCAGCAGCAUCCAUUCCUCCAGAGAAUCUGAUGCAGGCAGUGACGAGGGGAUUCUUCUCGAUGACAUUGAUGGGGCCAGUGACAGUGGGGAGUCGGCACACAAGGCUGAGGCCCUAGCCCUCCCUGGCAGCCUAGGGGCUGAAGUUUCAGGAUCUCUCAUGUUCAGCACCCUGUCUGGGAGCAAUAGUGGGAUCAUGUGCAACAUUUGCCACAAAAUGUACAGCAACAAGGGGACUCUGAGGGUGCACUACAAAACUGUGCAUCUGCGAGAAAUGCACAAGUGCAAAGUCCCGGGUUGCAAUAUGAUGUUUUCCUCUGUGCGAAGCCGAAAUCGGCACAGUCAGAACCCUAAUCUCCACAAAAACAUUCCCUUCACUUCCAUAGAUUAGUCCCAGAAUUGACACUACAAAUGCCAGCUUUCACCAGAUGGCCUACAUGUUUGAACUGCCUAGUCAGUGUGCUUCCGUACAUGGCCAGGGUGUGUAUGUAUGUGCAUAUGUAUGCCUGUGUCCACACACAUGCACACACACACACACACACACAUGUUUUCUUUAGAUAAAAAUGAUAAACACUAGGUGCUUUUGAAUUUUUUUCCUUUAUAGGUAUUGGAAUGGGGAGUCUUUAAUUUGGGGUUGAAAACAAAGGACCCCUUUAAACACACAUACACAUGCAAAGCAUUCAACCAGCCCCAAUUUUGAUAGAGUAAUUCUUGGUCUUCUCCAAAGAGACAAUUUGUUGUGCCCAUGACUGUUGCCUGCAAAAACAAACAAACAAAACAAAAACAAAAGGGAGAAAAAGAAAUGAAAAAUGAAACAAAAAGGAACUUCUUACCGUUGUCUUUUGUGAACUUUAAGAUUUUGAGAGAAUCUUCAAUUAAAGCAUGGCAGAUUCACUGUAAAUAUUUAGCCUUGAGAGGCAAAUGAUGUAAAACAAUUGUAUUGAUGGUUGUUUAACUCUUUUGUUUAAUUUUGACAGUUACAUCCAGCUGUUAGAUAUGCAGGAAAAAACUAGUUUGCUGGCUAGCUCUAUUCAUUUAUGUUAGCAUUAAUGCACAUUUUUUUAAAAAAGAAGAACAUGGUCUUGUUUUUACUACCUGUUAGAUGUAGUGAUAAAGAGGUGCUGGCAUGCUUUACAGCACAGAUCUGAUUUUUUAAAAUGUCCUGUACUAGUACAUAAAUCCAGUCAAGCACUUUUUUCAUACACUACGAGGGGAUGUGUAAUAUCCAUGCUUCUUUUUUAUCCUUAAACUGUUGCCAUACUUCAGUAAGUGUCUUUAAAAAAAAAUCCACUUGUAUAAAAACGGUCUGGUCAGUAUAGGGCACAAAUGCCAAACAAAAGUAUUAGUGUUAACACAAAACUGCCAACUUUGCACAAGUUUCCAGAAAAGAAAAUACAAUUAGUCACUCAACAUAACCACAGGCCAAUUUGUUGGCCACCAGAAAACCGCUUUUUUGAUGGAGGAAAAAAAGAAAAAGAGAAAAAAACCUUGGUGAUUCUUUCAAGUGCUGAAUGUUAUUAGAAUCAGCACUACAUCCUUCUUGCUUAUAUGUUAAGUUACAUAAAAGGAAAGCAAAAUUAUAUCAUGUGAAACAGCCAAGGCGUUUCUUCUUUAGAGGCAGGAUAAUAUUUCAGGAUACAAAAAGCCCAAGUUAUUCACUAUGGAACAAUGCUGAAUACAGUAAAGGCGUUGAAUACGCAUUUCCAAGGCCCUCACCCUUCUCCUUUGAAGAGAAAGACAAAAGUCUGAACUGGGUUGAUCUGUUGUAUGGCCAUCUCAUUUGUCACGAUUUUGCAGUGGCAAAUGACGCAGGCCUGUUUGACAGACAAAAUCAAAAGCCCUGCUUCACAGCAGCAGUACUUGGAAGCUCAGAACACACGUGCUGAACUUGAAUUGAGCAACACUCCUUCCAAAAGGCAGGGGAAGGGGGGGUUACGAUAGAAUCUCACUGUGUAGUGUUUUGUGUUUCCCCACAGAGAGAAAUGAAAGCAAGCCUGAAACCAAGCAAUUGAGAGUGAGAAUGAGGGGGGAGGCUCUGCUCCAAACCUUUUUUGUUUUGUUUUGUUUUGUUUUGUUUCCGAUGUUUACACAUGUUGCCUGAGCUGGUUAACCACAUCGGCAGCCUCAGCUACCACAACAUACUGACUAAAUGAUGAUAUUUACUCAAGUUCAGGCUGCAGCCAAAACCGUUAGGGUGUGCACUGCAGACUGGGUUUUGUCUUUUUUUUUUCUUUUUUUAAGGGGGAGGGAACAAACAAUGUUUUAUCAAACAGUACCUAAUAUAAAGAGAAUGUAUUUCUUUUCUGCAUUUAAUGGCCUCAGACAUUUCUCUCAUCAGUCUAAAAGUUAGAUAAAUUCCUUUGUUUCAACUUCUCCUGUCAUUUCCAUUUUUCAUGUUUUGUUCAUUAUUUUUUUUUCUGUGUUCACAUCAGCAUCCACUUCCGUUAAAUUUGCCAAAGGAAACUGUUGAUAUGUUUCUGUUGUUAUUAUUCUUGUAGGAGUUAUUGUACCUCACAGUAUUUAUUGUUCCCAAAAAUAAGCAUCAUCCUUGGGGAUCCAGUAUUUUUUAUUUGUGAAGAUUUCAGAAACAGUAGGUUCUUAAAGAUAAGCUAGAUAUAUCUAGGGGCUUUAUCUUCACCUCCUUGUGAACAUGCAUUGGGAUUCCUUUGAUUCUUCAUUUGUUUUACAGUGAGGAAAGACCAAAAGUAUUUGCAGUACAAAGAAACUAUAUCAAACACUAUUUCUGUUAAAUGACAAAUGUUUACGGUAAAAAGCUGAGGAAUUAGUAAUAACCGUUUUUGUUUUCUUGUAUCUUUGAAUUCCCCAAAAUCUUAAUUGCUUUAUUUUGGUGUUAUGUUAAAUUGAGUAGACGGAGAUGUUUUCCUUUGUUUUAUACCA